AAAAUUUUAAAGUUUUAGUAAUGGAUCAAACAAUAAUUGUGAGAGUAGUCUCUGAUGCAGGAAGGAAUAGAAUUGAGAUCGACCCAAGAUCAACCUGUGAGGAGCUAAAAGAGAUUAUCUCCGCCAAAAUUGGAAUACCAGCGCGGAAAAUCAAGUUAUAUGCUGAUCAAGGAUAUAGAAGACCUUAUAAAGGAACAGAUUCAUCAAGCCUGAAGAAAGCAGGGUUUACUAAUGGAGCCCAAGUCUUUGUGCCAGCCAAGAAUGCUAAGAUGCAAGAUAUUAUUAAUGUGCCAAAGAAGGCAGAUGAUGAGGAAGAGAAAAUAGAUACAAGCACAAAAGCAGGAGGAAAUCCUGAUGAAGAAGGAAAGGAAGUGCCAGAUGGCUUCGAAAAAAAAUGAAGUUGUGGCCCAACCGAUAAGUGAUUGAUGUGCUUGGGAGUCACUAAGGAUAAUUUCCAGGAUGUUGAUUAUAAAUGUCACUGUGUUGGUUCACAAAAAUGCCCAAAUUGUAAGGAUGAGAAUCUAAUCCAGGAUGUCAAGCAUAUUCCAUUUGAGCAUCAUCUCUCUGAAUUAAGAGCAAAAUGUAAAAAGAAGCAUACUCCAGACCAAAGAUGCCAAGAUUGUAUUCCUUUGGUGGAUAUUUCAUACAAAUAUAAGCCUGGUUGUACUUCUCAUAAGCCUUAUCCUGAAGGAAUGUGUAACAAAUGAAUCCCUGAGGCCUGUAUUCUGAACAGGCAAAAAUACAGACAUGUAGACUACAUUUCCAUUCUUAAUUAUCCUGAGCUGCAGAAAUUCGUUGAUUACUGGCUUGGAGGCCAUUGUAUGGAGCAAAGAGUAGCAUGGCUAUAUGGAUAUUACUCUGAAGAUCCAAAUUAUCCAGAAGGAGUAAGGGCAAACAUCGAAGCUGUAUACGAUCCACCUCAGAUUGGAGAGAUGAAUGGCUUCCAAAUCUUACAAGAUGAGAAAGAAGUCUAUGUUGAUAUGGUCGCAACCAGUUUGGGAUUGGAAAGAGUAGGGUGGAUCUAUACAUCUCUAAAUCACGAAUCAUUCCUUACUCCGAAGGAGAUCAGAGAAAUAGCAAGGAUGCAAGAAAGAUUUGCAAUCGAUCAUCCAGAGGGAGUUAAGGUUCCUAAGUUUGUGACUAUCGUUGUGAAACCAAAAGGAGAUAGCGGAGAGAGUGGAUUGGAUUGUUAUAUGGUAUCAGAUCAAUGUCAGGCUCUUGAAAGGGAUAAUAUUCUUGAAGUCUCAGAAGAUCAUACAAAGUUAAUUACUAGAGAGCCAGAGAAAAAUGAAAUGAUUGCUAAUGUUAUUCAAGAGGGUAAGACUGUAAAGGAAUUUGAUCCAGAAUUCUUUAUUGUCUCUCUAUCUAAUGGUCAGCCAAUCGAUGCAAAGGAAUAUUCAAUUCUAAAGAAUUAUGACUUCUUAGCAAUGAACAGGCAGUUCCAACCAAACAAGAAUGACGCCAAGGAUUAUAUCAAUAAACACAAGUCUGAUAGUUCAACAGAAAAAUUCGCCAACUUCCAAUUCCUUUUGUAUAUAAUCGAGAAGUUAGAUAUUGAUACAGUCUGCGCAUUAGCAGAAAAGAUUGGCAAAGGGGAAGAAGUAGAGGACUUCAUAGUCGAAUUGGUAGAAUCUCUUGCUUCAUAAACAAUUAAGCAUCAAAUAAUGGACUAAAUAAGCCAUCAGAAGAGCCUAAGCGCCAUUAUUUA